UCCCCGGGGACAUUUGAUGGAUUAAAGCUAAGCAGCUCCAUUUCGCAGCACCACCUGAUCUUCCACUGCCUGUGCCCCAUAUAAAGGCUGGCGUGAUUGCUGAUCUCAGCUAGUCUGACAGUCUCUCUCUCUCCCUCCUCUCUCUGUCUGUCUCCAUCUCUUCUCCUCCUCACUGGUCCCUUAAGCCUGCUGCAUCACAGGAGCUAUCCAGUGCUGAACAGGAUCGCUUUUAUUUUUUAUUUUUUUAUUUUUCUGGGGGAAGCUGGGGGAGCCAGAGAGUAUCACACAGCAUUGCCGUCAGCCUUGUUCUCCUCUGAUUUCCGUUUUCUUUCUCAUCUUAUGUUUUUGGCCGUUGUCUUCACAUUAACCGCAAGGAUUACCGUCAAGCCAGCUCUGCUCGUGUGCUUCCUCAGAGGGUCUUUUAUUUUUUCUCAUGUGUUUUUCUCAGCUCUGUGUUUUUAUCCAUUGAAACAUGCCCCGUUCAUUUUUAGUGAAGAAGAUCAAGCUUGAUGAUUUCUCUUCGUCCAAUGUGUCCACUUCUAAUCAUCAUCACCACCUGGACGACUCGUUUACUUUUGCACGCUCCAUCACAGACUCGGUGACCAGCCUUGGGGUUCGUCUCAGUGAGAAUGGCUACAUCCAGGAUUACAUCACGCCAUCUGUAUACCAGGGGGAGAAGAAGAUGGAGCACAAGCUGGCUUCGCCGGUGUCAGACCCCCUGUACACCCAGGUGAGCAGCGGAGGGGAGUACUGUGACCCCGACCUGAAGCACCCCGAUAGCCCCCAGUCUGGCAUGACAGCCAGCGGCUUCUACAGUGGUGAAUCGGAGGCCCUGGCCGAGGGUUACACCAUGGAUGCCUUUUUCAUCUCUGACGGGCGCUCGAGGCGGAAGGGGGACAGCGAGAGUCAUGGAGGGGGCUCAAGAAGCAGCACUGCCAACGCUGUGGCUCAGGAGAGGGGGGCCGGCACGCCUCGCCACACCUGCAAUGAGUGCGGCAAGACGUACGCCACCUCCUCCAACCUCAGCAGACACAAGCAGACGCACCGCAGCCUGGACAGCAAGAUGGCCCGCAAGUGUCCCACCUGCAAUAAAGUCUAUGUGUCCAUGCCGGCGUUGGCCAUGCACAUCCUCACCCAUGACCUCAAGCACAAAUGCGAUGUGUGCAGCAAGGCCUUCAGCCGACCGUGGCUCCUUCAAGGUCACAUGCGCUCACACACGGGGGAGAAGCCCUUUGCCUGCGCCCACUGUGGCAAAGCCUUUGCUGACCGUUCAAACCUCCGCGCCCACAUGCAAACACACUCUGCCUUCAAGCACUACAGAUGCAAGCGCUGCAAUAAGACCUUCGCUCUCAAGUCCUACCUGAACAAGCACUAUGAGUCAGCUUGCUUCAAGGGCUCUGCAGACGAAGACGACUCUGGAUCAGAAAACUAACCACGAGGAAGAAGCUAAAUUUUGAACCCCUGUUGUAGGUUCACAACCAAUAACCCUGUUCACUCUGCCCUCCAUGCCUUUUUUCUUCCCUUUUUUUAGAAAGCAAUAUUUUCACUGAGAUUACGUGAAGAAACUCUAAUGAUUAUGGCAAAGACAAUUUCAAAAGAUGCUGGAUUUUUUCCCUGCACAGUAGCUAAUCAUCCACAGGAACUAACAAUCAAACAACCUUCCCCCAAAUAGAAACUGUAGAUGAUAGUUGUACACAAUUAAGUGACAUGCGCCCACACAGACGUGGGCACACAUUACACGCACUGACAUGCAUAUGCACACACAAACACACAUUCAUGUACGCACGUGUGCACAUACAAACACAUACACACACAAUUAUAUAUGAGGCCUGGCAUGUGAAUUUUUAUCAAUGACUAUAAUGAUAUUGAUAUCAAUAGUAAUAAUAUUUAGAUUCCUGAUAUUUUAUAGCAAAUAGUAAUGGAAAAAGAAAAAAAACAUAAAAAAGGACUAACAGUGUUCUUUUGUUUUUUAGAGACAAAAUGACCUCUUGUAUUUUUAUGCUGCUUUUUAUUUGCUAAGAAUUGAAUUCUUUUGCAACUGCCAACAUGAACUUUUUAUGAAAAUGUGAACUAUGACAGUAUUUGCAAAAAAAGGGAGAUCAUUUUAAAAGGUAAAAAGACAAACCCCUUUUUCCACACCAAUGUUUCAAUUCAACGGAUGUUAUUUUUCUAUUUGAUUUUUCUAAAUUUAUUUUUUUGUGCUUGUUAUCCCUUGUUGGUCAAUAGCAUCUUUGUAACUGUGGGUUUUCAAAAAAUUGCUAAAGCUCAGCUCGUUUAAUGAACUACAUAAGCUACAAGAUCAUAGGCCAUAGGUCACUCAACUCAAAUCUGCAAGUGCAGUGAUUUUAAAACGCUUAAGAAGCCUGUUGAACAGGUUAUCAUUCACUCCGUCUGAUCAAAUUUAUAGUCUCACAACUUGGACUUGGACAAAAACACUGAGAGCCAGACCAAAUGAUCUAUUGUUAUAAGUGCCAUGUGCGGUUGACUUGUCUAUAGCAAUGAAAUUUCUCGUUGUUCUUCCUCCACCAUGGUGGCUUGCAUAAACUCUGCUGCCUUUAUGGUGUAUCGUCCAGUCUUAAAAAACAGUCUUUGCCCGGUAUUUGAGGUGCUCUUCCUUCCGCCAGUGUUACCUCAAAGUGAAGGUAUGGACUCACACACCCUCAGUUACAAAGUGACAGUCAAAUCAAUCUGUUUGUCUGUUUGUAGUAUGUCGCUCAAAGCUUCGCCCACGGUUUAGAUGCAUACCAUCUAUUUAUCAUGUAAAUACUUCAUUUAUCUACCUAUUUAUCUAUUUAUUUACCUAUUUAUUUAUUUAUUUAUUUAUUACUUUAUUUUUGUGUAUUUAUUGAAAACUUGCUAAAUUAUCAUGUAUUUAUUUAUUGUUUAUAAUGAGUUUAAAAAAUGAACAUCCAUUGACCUUGUAAGAUGCUGCUGAUCUUCAAAGAAAAUGUUGAUAUGCAUGAAAACUGUAGAGAGUCCAUGGGACUUAGUUUUUUAAAGAGGAACAAUGUACAGAACCAGUGCUAGAAGACGUAAUACAAUGAAUGCAGAUUUACUUUUGUUUCAUGGCAAUAACUACUCACACAGCAAUUGACAUGUAUAACAAUCACAGCUGUCCUGUUUUCAGUGGAUCUAGGGCAAUAAAAAGAAACAAUGAAAAUGAAACUUUAAAAUAUUCUCUAUCUUGCUGUUUCCAAAAUGACACUGCUCCUCGUGACUGGAGAUUUGUCGCCCAUUUGUCCUUUAGUCUCAGGCAAUAAAUAAUUCCCACCAAUGUUUAAUGUGAUGUACACGUGCACAUUGCCCUGAAAAUACACCAGUAGCUGUUUGUUAAAGUGAGAGAAUUGAAUAAUGUCGGUGCACUUGUGUAGUACUAGUUACACCAAGGCUUCAAAUGUGUAAAAGCAAUAAUAACAGCGAUCCAGUGAUUAUGAGAAACACUGAAUCUUCCGUAGAGCAAAUCCAAAACUGUAUCAAUUUGAUUGGAAAAGGCUGUUAUACAUUUAUUUUAUUUUAUUUAUGUGUGUGAGUGUUUUUUUUUUUUUUUAAGCAACCAGGUAAAAAUCUCCUUUGGCAGCUGUGGCGCAGAAAUGCUUUAACUGAACUGCUGGCAACAUAUGUAUAAUGCAACAAUAAUUCUCAUUUUAAGCCACUGAUAUACUAGACCAUUAAAAUAUAGUUAAAUUCAAAGUCACCGCUGCUCCCCAACCACACACAACCAUCUUAAAACAGCUUAGCAAAUCUCUGAGGCGUCAAAGGAGAGCAUGGCACUCAGAUAACAUAAGGUUGGCUGUCUACACACAUAACCAGCACUAAUGGAAAUGAUCCUGACGUGAGCCGUCUUGGUAGAGAAAGUUUUUAAGAUUGUUAUAUUAAAAUGACGCGCUGUUACGCUCUUCCAGUUCCCUCAUCAUUCGUCCGUGCCACACAUCUCUCCCCAUCAGCCAUCCUCAUCCCAUCCCAACUGCCUCUAAACAGACGCAGAGGAUGAGGAGUGCUGAAGUGGGAUUGGCGGAGGGUGGCGGAGUGUGGGAGGAUAACAGGUGUUUGCAGACAGACUGCAGAUAGGGAGCGUAAUUGAGUCGGUGAGCGACCUCCAAGGGGAAGGUCAAGCACCAGCAGGCAAAUGCACUGUCAGCUAUUUGCAUAUUCCAAAUGGAUGACACGAGCGCAGUAAUGCUGAGCUCACCCUAAAAAACAAAACUGAGGAGGAAAGAGAAAAGACGGGUUUCUGCUCUGUUUGUCCGUGCCCCCCUCCCCGUUUCACCAUCAUCUUGUCAAUGGUCGUCUAAGUGCUACAGCUGAAUCACUGCAUGAGAGCAUCCAAACCACCUGUCUCUCGAUUCACUCGCUGAACACACAGCGUGGCAGGUUUGCAGUUUUAUUGAAUUUUGCAAAGAAAAAAAAAAUCGUUAUAUCAUAAAUCCUAAAACCAUUAUAUCUUACUUUCUAACGUAUGUGUUUAAAAACCUGGAAAAUGUUUUAAUCAGGCAUAAAGCAAUGAGAUCAUUAUAAACAUCAAUAUGAAAUGCAGGCGGCAGCUUGCAUCUAAAAGCAGCAGCAUUAUAGAGAAAAACACUGAAUACAGACAGAAAAGGAGGCACAAUUUGAUUCUGAGUUCUUAUUCUGAAUUUAGACAUAGGGAAACAUUGUUCCUCUUUGAUGAUUUUGUAAAUAUAUCUGUAAAUAUAUCACAGCAAUAAUAUGACAAUGCAUGUAGACAUUUAAUUGCUCUUUUUCUAUUCAUGCUGUUUUUGGGUUUUUUUGGGUUUUUUUAAAGAAAAAAAAAAAGACGAAUACAGGUACCAAUUGCAGUCUGGGUGGCCAUGUGAAUCAGGGAGUGUCUUGAUUAAAAGCUAUCUGUUGUAAGUUAAAAACAAAAACUUCAAACUCUGUGUAUUCUCAAAGAUUUGAUCAUGUUCUGUAUGAUUUUCUGUUCUUGUUUUCUUUUAUUUAUGUGCCCGGCUUGGCUGCGCAAUGAAAAGUGCCAAAAAGUAUGAUUUCCAUGACAAAAGCCUUCAACAUAUGGUUGGCUGCUUGAAACCUUCCAUAUGGUCCUCAAAGAAAAAAAAAAAAACUGAUUAAGAUUUUCCACUUUCUCACUCUCUCUCUUCCUCUCUCUUUAUCUUUCUAUCUCUCUGUUCCAGCUGAGUAUGAAGAAACUUAAGCCAUGAUUGCUGAGGGGUGUUUUGAUUUAUCUUGUUCUGCUACAAUUAAUAAUGAUGACAACAAUAGCAAUGAUAAAGUAAUAAAAACAAUAGCACAAGUAA